ACAGGCGAAAAAAAUUAGUUGUAAAUAAGGCAUGCAAAAAUGGGUCAAAGCAAUUUAAUGAGGAAGUCGCCCUUCAAGAAACGAAAUGGACGGACAGGAUGACACUCAACUGUCUGAGCCCGGCUUGAAUGAUUUUAGGCCAAUGCCAAGGAACCUUUUUGUUGGAGGAGCAGAACAAGACCAACUAAGUGAAACGAAUGAUGAUGAAAGAACACCAACCGGGUCAACAGAGCCUGCUCGGACAACCAAGCUCGAAGAGAGGACCAGAGUUCUCAAAAUGGCAAUGGGUAAAAUCCUUGCCCGCUUGAUUCCUGAUGACCCCCUGAUUCCUUUGCUGAACAGGGAUGCCCAGCCAACUGCAGUAGUUGCAACUCGUAACUCCCCGAUCCUAAGUAAUGUGGUGGUCCCGACAAGACCAAGGGGAAGUGGGAGGUUAAACCCGGAACCCAGCUCGUCCAGACAUAAUGAAGAACUGCUAAAGAAAAAUGCUGACCUUGAAAGACAGCUCAAAGACGCGCAGAAAUCCAUUGACGAGCUGAAAAGCCCUAGGUCAUAUCAACAGACCCUUGACCUAGAUAGUGCCUCACUAAACCUAUCCAUCACAACAGAACCAUAUCAGGAGGGAUUCAAAAUCCCCCACCUAGAGACAUACGAUGGCUCAGGCGACCCAGAUGAGCAUCUGCAUACCUAUCAGGCCAUCAUGAGAAUCCAAAAUGCCAAUGACGCCAUGAUGUGUAAAGUGUUUCCAGCGACACUGAAGUCAACGGCCAGAAGAUGCCGAUUUCUAGACGACCUGCUAGAGAAUCCACCUAAGUCGUGGAAUGAAGUAAAUGACAGGUCGGCAAGCUUCAUAUUAUCCGAAGAUUUUCAAUCUUUCAAGAGACGAGCCGAUGAUAAGCAGGGUAAAGAGCCUAAGCAGCCUAAAAGCAGAGAUGACAAAAAGAAACAAAAGCACUGGGUCAAGAGACUCCCUCCCCAAACGCAUGAUUCUUCACGCGCUGACAGAAGCAAAUACUGUGACUAUCACCAUGCAUCUGGCCAUAACACAGAAGACCGUCAAAGCCUGAAGGACGAGCUUGAAUUUUUAGCUUGCAAUGGAAAAUUGGAGGGUAGCAAUCCAAAUCCUUACCAGGCGGGUCCAUACUCAUCCGAGCCGACCAGAGCAUACAGGGGACGUCCAUUCAAUAGGUGUGGGCAAGGACAAAAAUCAUCCACGCAGAACCAAAAGGACCACAAAGGGGUUGGAUACGGUGGGAUACCCUCGCCAUCUGGCACAAUCAACAUGAUUUCUGGUGAGUGCGAGAAUGCACCAAUUACAUUUAGCCCGGUGGACUAUAAGCGAGCAAAGGGGGAACCCGACGUCGUGAUGCCUCAUGCAGAUCCUUUUGUAGCAACAGUCCAUAUUGGCAAUCAUAACGUCAACAAGGUUUUCAUUGACACUGAUAGCUCGCCCGAUAUCCUAUAUUGGAGCUGCUUCCAAAAGAUGCAAUUGAAUCCCAACUCGUUGCAAAAGUAUGAAGGGCCCAUCUAUGGGUUUAAUAAUCAACCCGUCCCAGUGGAGGGAGUAAUUACACUUUCCAUUUAUGUGGGUUUAGAACCACGCUUUAGGAUGGCUUCAGUCAGCUUCCUGGUCGUCAAAAUGGAGUCAGCCUACAAUGCCAUAUUGGGUAGAGCCACCCUCUGUGAGCUGAAAGCUGUUAUUUCUCAACCUCAUCUCUAUACUUUCAAGAAGGUUGAGCUCGCUACAGCCCUGAAAGGCCCUAUUGAAAGUCAAAGGCCAACUCAGCUCGGUCAGCACACAAUGAGCAUAUCAGAUAUCGAACACCGACCUGAGGGUGUAGAACAGAAAGCAGAGCCAGUAGAAACGGUCCCUUUGAACCCUGACGUUCCAGAAAGAAUAGUUAAGGAUGUGUUUGUGUGGACUACGGAUGAAAUGCCUGGCAUUCCAGCAGAGUUGACAGUCCACAAGCUCAGCACGGACCCCACCAAAAGGCCGGUGGUUCAGAAACGUUGCCUUUUUGGUCCUGAGAAGCAAGCGGCUAUAGAUGAAGAGAUACAAAAAUUGUUACAAGAAGGCUUCAUCAGGAGGGUGGAAUACUCUGAGUGGGUGUCUAACCCUGUGCUUGUCAAAAAACCAAAUGGCAAGUGGAGGAUGUGCAUUGACUUCAUCAACCUAAAUGAGGCGUGUCCAAAAGACCCUCAUCCUUUGCCAAAUGUGGAGAAGCUGGUAGAGUGGGCGGCUAGACACGAGCGGAUGAGUUCCUUGAUGCUAGCUCAGGGGGUUACAGAGGAGGCGGUGAGCUCAGUUCUGCUCAAGGAAGAGAAUAAGAAUCAAAAGCCUAUCUGCUAUGUGAGCAAAGUCUUACAAGGCGCCGAGCAGAACUAUCCACUAGCAGAAAAGGCUGCUUUUGCCCUGGUAUACAUGGCUCGGAAAUUGAGAGCUUACUUCCAGUCACAUCAGAUUGUUGUUUACACCGAUCUGCCGUUGAGAAAAAUAUUGCAGAAGCCGAAACUCUCUGGUCGGCUUAUCGGGUGGAGCGUCGAGCUGAGUGAGUAUGACCUCAAGUUUCAGCCGCGGACAACCAUAAAGGGCCAGGCUGUGGCAAACUUCCUUGUGGAGUGCAUUUCGGCCACUAUUGAAGAAAAGGCACCCGAGCACCCAAUCUGGGUCUUAUAUGUUGAUGGAGUUGCUAACAUUGAAGGAUCGAGUGCUGGGGCUGUGUUAGUGGGCCCAGAUGGCUUUAAAUCCCGAUCAUGCACUGAGGUGAAUGACAGCUGUGAAAUUAGGGAUCCCCAGCUUGGUCUUUAUGCUUUGGUGGUCAACCGAUUGAAGUCAGGAUUUAUCUCUUUCCAAAUCGACAAAAUACCAAGAGCAGAUAACCACCGAGCUGACGAGCUGUCAAAUUUGGCCUCCUCGCAGCACCUUAACCCCCAUAGGUCAACAAUUGUGGAGGUACUUGACACUUCGAGCUACACCGAUUUCACAGUCUGGUGUCAACUGCUUAGCACAGAUCCCUUUUCGUCGAGCUGGACUACCCCGCUCAUUGAUUAUCUGCACAGUGGCGAGCUGCUUGAAGAUCCCUUUGUUGCAAAGUUGAUUAAAUGCAGAGCGGCUCAUUUCACGUUGUUAGAUAAUCAGCUCUACAAACGAGCAGCCUUAAUGCCCCUAUUACGCUGCCUCACUCCUUAUGAAGCUGAAUACGCCGUGAGGGAAGUUCAUGAAGGAGUAUGUGGCACACAUAUAGGUGGAAGAACUUCAGCUCGAAAACUCCUGAGGCAUGGGUAUUACUGGCCAACUAUGGUUGAGGAUGCACAGAACUAUGUCAAAAAGUGCUCGACCUGCCAGUUCAACGCUGAUGAUAUUCACAUGCCAACAUUGAGGUCGUUCUGUAACGACUAUGGCAUUAAGCUAGCCUUGACAUUCGUGUAUACUCCACAAUCAAAUGGACAAGCCGAGUCCGCAAAUAAAAUCGUCUUGCGAGGCCUCAAGAUGCGCAUUUUAGCUACGCAUUCUAAUUGGGUUGACGAGCUCAAUAAAGUGCUUUGGUCAUGUCGCACUACACCUAGCUCGACUACAGGCGAAACCCCCUUUAGCCUGGCAUAUGGAGUUGAAGCCGUCAUCCCUGUUGAGGUCGGACUGCCAUAUGAUAGAUCAGAUCGCCAUGACGAUCUUAAUAAUGAGCAACUUUUAAGAGAGAACCUAAACCUAGUGGAGGAAGUCAAGGAGAUGUCUCGAAUAAAAAACAUGGCGCACCAGAGUUGUGUUGCAAAAUUUUAUAAUAAAAGAGUUCGAGCUCGUCAGUUUCAGGUUGGCAAUCUGGUUCUACGCAAAGUUGGAUUAACCAAUGUUUAUUCACAUAUGGGCAAGCUCGCUCCUAAUUGGGAAGGUCCUUAUAUGGUUGUUUAUAUUGAGCGACCUAGGUGUUAUCAAUUAGCAGAUUUACAAGGUCGUCCAUUACCAUUCAUUUGGAACAUACAUAACCUUAGAAAGUUUUACAGUUAGCUUUCUGAUGUGGUUAUUUUAAUUCAAGUUGUUGUAAAUCAAAUGUAAAGAACAAUAUACAGCAAUAUACACAGAAAUUGCAA